GGGUCUGGGAGGCUUGCGGGCGUACCCACAACAGCGCCCGCGCACCAAGGCACGACACAAGAGUGACCAACUUUCGUAACCGAGCUUCCUUAGCCCAGCAGGCGGUGCCCGAAACACACAGCCACCGCGACUGGCACGGUGACGCGAUUUCAAUCACGCGAGUCAAGGACACCGCGCGCGAGAACCCAGCUUCCGCGCCCUACGAGGGGCAACUGCGCAGCCGCCACAGGGGCUUCUCCCAAUUAAAGUAAAGUGCUUCGCCGUGACUGACGCCUGGGACCUUCCGACCCCUUACGUCUCGGUCCCCCAAAGGGCGAAACGAUCGGGGGAAGCUCGUCCUGCCCAUCGAUCUCCACGCCGCGGGUUCUUGGACUCCGGACCGAGCUCGGUGGGCCCGGCCCGUGGCCGACCCCCCGCCCCCCGCGUCACCAUGAGCGUGUCGGCCGAGCGCCUGGUGGAGGAGCUGCAGAUCUUUGACGUGGAUUGCGAUGAGGCUCUGGCUGAGAAAUUGGUAGAGCUGUGCAUUCUGUACGGGCAGAGCGAGGAGAAAAUGGCCACUGAGGUUAUAGCCUUCUGCACCAGCACAGGUAAAGUUUGCCUGACCUCAGAGAUCCUGAACUCUUUUGAGCAUGAGUGUCUGAGCAAAAGAUUGCCCAAAGCCCCACACAGAGCCUCCAGGGAUGGUGGGCACGCCGGAGCUAGAGACAUUAUUUCCAUCCAAGAGCUAAUUGAAGUGGAAGAAGAAGAAGAGACCCUCUUGAAUUCUUACACCACACCCUCUAAGGGCUCUCAGAAGCGAGUUAUCACCACCCCAGAAACCCCCCUAACAAAAAGGACGGCGUCUACUAGGAGCCCCCAUCAGCUCCUCUCGCCGUCGAGUUUCUCUCCGAGUGCUACUCGCUCUCAGAAAUACAACUCGAGAAGUAACCGCGGAGAAGUGGUUACCUCCUUUGGCUCAGCACAGGGAGUGUCUUGGUCUGGAAGAGGAGGGGCCAGCAAUUUCAGCCUGAAGGUCUUGGGGUGUCCGGAGGCACUAACCGGGAGCUACAAAUCAAUGUUUCAGAAGCUUCCAGAUAUUCGAGAAGUUCUGAUCUGUAAGAUCGAAGAACUCGGCAGUGAACUCAAGGAACAUUACCAGAUUGAGGCUUUUACUCCCGUUCUGGUCCCAGCUCAAGAGCCUGUCACUCUGCUGGGCCAGAUUGGCUGUGACACCAACGGGAAGCUGAACAGCAAGUCUGUGAUUCUCGAGGGAGACCGGGAACAUUCCUCAGGGGCUCAAAUUCCAGUGGAUUUAUCUGAGCUCAAAGAAUAUUCUCUGUUUCCCGGACAGGUCGUAAUUCUGGAAGGAAUCAACACCACGGGUAGAAAACUUAUCGCCACCAAACUGUACGAGGGUGUGCCGCUUCCGUUUUAUCAGCCCACCGAAGAGGACGAAGAUUUUGAGCAAAACAUGGUCCUGGUGGCCUGUGGGCCAUACACCACCUCCGACAGCAUCACGUACGACCCCUUGCUCGAUCUAAUUGCCGUCAUCAACCGUGACCGGCCAGACGUCUGCAUCCUGUUUGGACCUUUCUUGGAUGCUAAGCAUGAACAGGUUGAGAACUGUCUGCUGACAAGUCCAUUUGAAGACGUCUUCAAGCAGUGUCUGCGGACGAUUAUCGAAGGGACACGAAGCUCCGGCUCCCACCUCGUCUUUGUCCCGUCGCUGAGGGACGUGCACCAUGAGUCCGUGUACCCACAGCCACCCUUCAGCUACUCCGAUCUGUCUCGGGAAGACGUGAAGCGAGUGCGGUUCGUGUCUGAGCCCUGCAGCCUCUGCUUGAAUGGAGUGGUCUUCGGCCUGACGUCCACGGAUCUGCUGUUCCACAUGGGAGCCGAGGAGAUCAGUAGUUCUUCCGGAACUUCAGACAGACUCAGCCGAAUCCUCAAGCACAUCCUGACCCAGAGGAGCUACUACCCGCUCUACCCUCCCCAGGAAGACAUGGCCAUUGACUAUGAGAAUUUCUACACCUACGCACAGCUGCCUGUCACCCCAGACAUCUUCAUUAUCCCGUCAGAGCUGAAAUACUUUGUGAAGGACGUCCUCGGCUGUGUCUGCGUGAACCCCGGGCGCCUCACCAAAGGGCAGGUGGGGGGCACCUUCGGCAGACUCCUCCUCAGAGGGCAGCGGGCCACGGACGGGGAGGGGACGCGCAGUCCGUGUGCUGCCGUCCAGGUGGUCAGGAUCUGAGGGGGCGCCCGCCGUCCCCGUCGUGCGGCCCUCGCAUGAAAGCGCAGCUGUUGCCCAGCGGAGGAAGCAGGCAGCAGGCUGGAAGAGAGGUGGCCCGGCGGGCAAGGCCUGGUGCGGCUGGACCCCGACUCGGAGCGGAGCUUCCCUGGAAGAAAGCCGCUGUUGCCUCAAGGACACACAGAGUCCAGAGCGAACGGGUGGUGGACGCAGAUGCUCUGAAAACGCAAGGCGGCCUCGUGACUCUUCUACCUGGACCAGACACAGAAACAGCUUUUGGAGAAAUAAAAGUAAAUUCUGAGAA